AUGAGUGUACCAACUAGACCAUUGACUUUAUCUCAUGGUUCUAUGGAAAAUGUAUUAUUCAUUCCAACAGACUUUUAUUUUACAGCUUCUCAAUUGAAGGAUCAAUUUAGUAAAACUUUACCAGAACCUACUGAGAAUUUCGAUUCUGACAAUGAACCUUCUUCUCCAGUUGAGUUACUUGGAUCUUUCUUAGGUUACAUCUCUGAUUUGAUCUCAGCUAAUAAUCUGUCGACCGAUGAUUCUAUACAGUUUAGAAAAGUAUUGGAUGUAUCAUUAACUGAAUUAGAAAAUACUUAUUUACAAGGAAAUGAUAUUCAUGCUUUGGCUUCAAAUUUAUUAAAAGAAAAUGAUAUUAAUGAUGAUAAUGAUUCUAAUGAAUCUUCAGAAAACGAUAUUGUCUCGUUCUCUUCAACUACUCCAGAAAAGGUCAAACUUUUAAUCAAAAAUUAUAUUAAGACAAGAGUAGUAGCAAAUAAACCUUUCUUAAAAUCCAAUUCUGCCUUAUUCAAAUCUGUAGAAAAUGGCGAUUUAACUAAAAUUAUAGCAAUUUUUGGUGGUCAAGGUAAUACAGAUGAUUAUUUUGAAGAAUUACGUGAAUUAUAUCAAACUUAUGAUGUUUUAAUUUCAGAUGUUAUUCAAUUCUCAGCAGAUACUUUGAUUCAAUUAAUUAAGACUACCAAGGAUACUGAAAAAAUUUAUACCCAAGGUUUUAAUAUUUUAAAAUGGUUGAGAAACCCAUCAUUAACUCCUGAUUUAGAUUACUUAUUAUCAAUUCCUAUCUCUUGUCCUUUAAUCGGUGUCAUACAAUUAAUACACUACGCUUUAACUGCAAGGUUAUUAGGUUUCACUCCUGGUGAAUUAAGAUCUCAUUUCAAAGGUGCUACUGGUCAUUCUCAAGGUUUAGUUACCGCUGUGGCUAUCACUGAAGCUGAUUCUUGGGAAUCUUUUUUCCAUUCAGCUAAGAAGGCAAUUUCUUUAUUGUUCUUCAUUGGUGUACGUUGUCAUUUAACAUACCCAAAUACCGAUUUGCCACCAUCCAUUUUCGAAGAUUCCAUUGAAAAUGGUGAAGGUACUCCAUCUCCAAUGUUGGCAAUCUCUAACUUAACAAAAGACCAAGUCCAAAGUUUUGUGGAUAAGACUAAUGCCCAUUUACCAAAAGAAAAACACAUUAACAUUUCUUUAGUUAACGGUGCUAGAAAUUUGGUCGUUUCCGGCCCUCCUCAAUCAUUAUACGGUCUAAACUUGACUUUAAGAAAGGCUAAAGCUCCAGCUGGUCUUGAUCAAUCAAGAAUUCCUUACAGCGAAAGAAAAUUGAGAAUUUCAAAUAGAUUCUUACCAGUCACUUCUCCAUUCCACUGUUCAUUAUUAGCGGGUGCAGGUCCAUUGAUAGAAAAAGAUUUAGCUGCUAAUGACAUUGAAUUUAAGCAAGAAGAUUUGAAAAUUCCAGUUUAUGAUACAUAUGAUGGUACAUCUUUAAGAGAUUAUAAGGGAUCCAUUACAAGUAGAAUCACUGAAUGUAUCAUUACAUUACCAGUCAACUGGGAAACAGCUACAAAUGUACCAUGUACUCACAUUUUAGAUUUUGGUCCAGGUGGUGCCUCAGGUUUAGGUGUUCUUACUUAUCGUAACAAAGAUGGUACUGGUGUUCGUGUCAUAGUUGCUGGUACACUAGAUAACAACCCAGAUGACGAAUAUGGUUUUAAACAAGAAAUGUUCGAUGUAACCAAGGAAGGUUUGAAGAGAAACCAAAAUUGGUUAGAAGAGUACCAUCCAAAAUUAAUCAAGAACAAAGCAGGAAAGGUUUAUGUCCAAACUAAAUAUUCCAAAUUAGUAGGUAGAGCACCAUUAUUAGUUCCUGGUAUGACUCCAACAACUGUUUCCCCGGAUUUCGUUGCUGCAACUAUCAAUGCAGGUUAUACCAUCGAAUUAGCAGGUGGUGGUUACUUUUCACCAGAUGGUAUGAAGAAAGCUAUUGAUUCGGUUAUCUCUCAAGUUAAGGAAGGUUAUAGUUUGGGUAUUAAUUUAAUUUAUGUUAAUCCAAGAAUGUUACAGUGGGGUAUUCCAUUGAUCAAAGAAUUAAGAGAAAAGGGUUAUCCAAUCCAACAUUUAACUAUUGGUGCUGGUGUUCCAUCAUUAGAAGUCGCAUCUGAAUAUAUCGAAACCUUAGGUCUAACACAUUUAGAUUUAAAACCAGGUUCUAUCGACGCCAUUAGCCAGGUUAUCAAUAUUGCAAAGGCCCAUCCAAACUUCCCAAUUGUCUUACAGUGGACUGGUGGUAGAGGUGGUGGUCAUCAUUCAUUUGAAGAUUUCCACUCUCCAAUUUUACAAAUGUAUUCUAAAAUUAGAAGACAAAGCAACAUCAUUUUAAUUGCUGGUUCAGGUUUCGGUUCAGCUGAAGAUACUUAUCCUUAUUUAACCGGUGAAUGGUCCACUAAAUUCAAUUAUCCUCCAAUGCCUUUUGAUGGUUUCUUAUUUGGUUCUAGAGUCAUGAUUGCCAAAGAAGCCAAAACUUCUCCUGCUGCUAAGAAAUUAAUUUCUGAGUGUCCUGGUGUUUCAGAUAGUCAAUGGGAAAACACAUACAAAAAACCAACAGGUGGUAUUAUAACUGUUCGUUCCGAAAUGGGUGAACCAAUUCAUAAAAUUGCCACACGCUGUGUUCUUUUCUGGAAAGAAAUGGAUGAUACUAUUUUCAGUUUGCCAAAGAACAAGAUUCAAGCUGCCAUUGAUGCUAAGAGAGAUUACAUUAUUUCCAAGUUAAACUCUGAUUCACAAAAACCAUGGUUUGCAACUGUUAAUGGCGAAGUAAGAGAUUUAACAACAAUGACUUAUUCUGAAGUUGCUCAAAGAUUGGUUGAAUUGUUGUACAUCAGAUCUACAAAUUCUUGGAUUGAUGCGACUCUAAGAAACUUUACAGGCGACUUUUUACGUCGUAUUGAAGAACGUUUCACCAAAACCAAAACCUUAUCGUUGGUACAAUCUUACUCAAUCUUGAGUAACCCUGAUAAGGCUAUUGAAACAAUUUUCAAUGCUUAUCCAGCUGCCAAAGACCAAUUUUUGAAUGCCCAAGAUAUUGAUUACUUCUUAAACAUGUGUCAAAGUCCGGUUCAGAAGCCAGUUCCAUUUGUUCCAGUUUUAGAUCACAGAUUUGAAUUUUUCUUCAAGAAAGAUUCUUUAUGGCAAAGUGAAAGUUUGGAAAGUGUUGUUGACGAAGAUGUCCAGAGAACAUGUAUUCUUCACGGCCCAGUUGCUGCUCAAACUACUAAGGUAGUUGAUGAACCAAUUAAAGUUAUUUUAGAUAACAUCCAUAACGGUCAUAUUGAAAGAUUAUUAAAGGAAAAGUAUUCUAAUGAUGAAUCCAAGAUUCCAGUUGUAGAAUACUUUGGUGGUCAAGAUUUGGUCCCUGUUGACGUAAAAUGCGAAAGAACUUCUAACAAAAUCACAAUUCAUGCUUCAUCCAAAACUGACGAAAAAUCAUGGUUUGCUUUAUUGGCUGGUACCACUAAGAGUUGGAGAUCUGCCUUCUUCAGAACUCCUAGAAUUGCUCAAGGAAGUUUGUAUGCUGAAAAUCCAACCACUAAAAUAUUUAAACCUUGUGACAAUAUGCGCUUAGAAAUCACCAAUCCAGAUGAACCUAACAAGACUGUUUUUACAUUAUUUGAAAGAGUUAGCGGUGAAAUUAAACCUACUGUAAUUUUAAAGUUAGCAGAAGAGAAUUUAAUCCAAAUGGAGUUAUUAGAGAACAGAACAAUGGAUACCAAGGUUGUUUCACUACCAUUAUUAUACAAAUACAACACAGAUGAUGGUUUCAACCCAAUUUCUGAAGUAAUGGAUGACAGAAAUAAACGUAUCAAGGAAAUGUAUUGGAAGCUAUGGUUAGAUGAGCCAUUCAACCUUGAUUUCAGUCCACGAGAUGUUAUCAGAGGGGAUGACUUUACAGUUCGUUCUGAAAACAUUUCCGAAUUUGCUCAUGUUAUCGGUAAUAACUGUGAAGAUUUUGUUUCAAGAUCUGGUAGAAAAAUGUUAGCUCCAAUGGAUUUUGCUAUCGUAGUAGGCUGGAGAGUUAUAAUAAAGGCAAUCUUCCCUAAUGUUGUCGAUGGUGACUUGUUGAAGUUAGUUCAUUUGUCAAAUGGUUACAAAAUGCACACCAGUGCAAGACCAUUGCAAGAAGGUGAUGUUAUAUCAACUUCUGCUGUCGUAAAAUCUGUAGUCAACCAACCUACUGGUAAGAUUGUUGAAGUUGUUGGAUUUUUAACUAGAGAUGGUCAACCUGUUAUGGACGUUACUUCUUCUUUCUUCUAUAGAGGUAAAUAUUCAGAUUUCGAAAACACUUUCCAGAAGACAGUAGAUCCUGUACAUGAAGUUCAAAUCAAAUCACCAAAAGAUAUUGCCGUUCUACGUUCCAAAGAAUGGUUUCAAUUGGAUGAUGAAGAUAUUGAUUUGAUUGGUAAAACUUUAACAUUCCAAACUGAAACUGAAGUCACAUUUAAAAACGCAACUGUUUUCUCUAGUGUCAAAUGUCUAGGUAGUAUUAAGAUGGAAUUACCAACCAGAGAAAAAGUUGAAAUUGGUGUCGUUGAUUAUGAAGCUGGUGAAUCAUAUGGUAACCCUGUUGUUGAAUACUUAAAGAGAAAUGGUACCACACUUGAACAAAAGGUUAACCUAGAGAAUGCUAUUCCAAUUGCUGUAUUGGAUACUCAAGCUCCAAGUACCAAUGAAGCUUAUGGUAGGGUUUCUGGUGACUUAAACCCAAUUCAUGUUUCUCGUCACUUCGCUGCUUAUGCCGCAUUACCAGGUACAAUUACCCAUGGUAUGUAUUCAUCUGCAUCUGUCCGUGCCUUAAUUGAGAACUGGGCUGCUGAUAGUGUUUCUUCAAGAGUUCGUUCAUACAACUGUAACUUUGUAAGCAUGGUUUUACCAAAUACCUUAUUGAAAACUUCUAUCCAACAUGUUGGUAUGAUUAAUGGUCGUAAAUUAAUUAAGUUUGAAACAAAGAAUGACGAAGAUGUCGUCGUAUUGAAUGGUGAAGCUGAAGUUGAUCAACCGGUCUCUGCAUUUGUUUUUACUGGUCAAGGUUCUCAAGAACAAGGUAUGGGUAUGGAUCUAUAUCAAAGUUCCGAUGUUGCUAAAGCUGUUUGGGAUAGAGCUGACAUUCACUUUAAAAAUACAUAUGGUUUUUCUAUUUUGGAUAUUGUCAAGAACAAUCCAAAAGAAUUGACUGUUUACUUUGGUGGUGAAAAAGGUAGAAAGAUCAGAGAAAACUACACUCAAAUGGUUUUUGAAACAAUUAUAGAUGGUGAAGUUAAAUCUGAAAAGAUUUUCAAAGAAAUUGAAAACGAUACAACAUCUUUUACCUUCAGAUCACCAAGUGGGUUAUUAUCUGCCACCCAAUUCACUCAACCAGCCUUGACAUUAAUGGAAAAAGCAUCCUAUGAAGAUUUGAAAUCUAAGGGUCUGAUUCCAAAAUCAGCUGCAUUUGCAGGUCAUUCUUUGGGUGAAUAUGCUGCAUUGGCUGCUCUAGCUGAUAUCAUGUCUAUUGAAUCUUUGGUUGAAGUUGUGUUCUACAGAGGUAUGACAAUGCAAGUUGCUGUUCCAAGAGAUGAGUUGGGUAGAUCCAACUACGGUAUGGUUGCUGCUAACCCAAGCAGAGUUUCCCCUAACUUUAGUCAAGAUGCUUUGAAAUUUAUUGUUGAAAAGAUUAGCGCUAAGACUGAAUGGUUAUUAGAAAUUGUCAACUUCAACGUUGAAGAUCAACAGUAUGUUGUUGCCGGUGACUUAAGAGCUUUGGACACUUUGACAAAUGUAUUAAACUUUAUCAAGAUCCAAAAGAUCGAUAUUGUCAAGCUUCAAGAAUCCAUGUCUAUUGAAGAAGUUGAAGCUCACUUAUUUGAGAUUAUUGGUGAAGUUUCUGAAAAGUCUUUGGCCAAGCCACAACCAAUUGAAUUGGAAAGAGGUUACGCUUGUAUUCCUUUACGUGGUAUUUCUGUUCCAUUCCAUUCCUCUUAUCUAAGAAAUGGUGUUAAGCCAUUCAAGAGUUUCUUGGAAAGAAAUAUCUUAAAGGAAAACGUUAAACCAAAGAGAUUAAUUGGUAAAUAUAUUCCAAACUUGACUGCCAAGCCAUUUGAAAUUACCAAGGAGUACUUCCAAGAUGUCUAUGAAUUAACUGGCUCUGAAAAGAUUAAAAACAUUAUCGAUAACUGGGAAUCUUAUGAUACCAAAGAAUAA